AAUUUAUUUUUUCUCUUUAAUUUACUUCACCUUCACUCCUAAAAUUCAAGGUUUUCCACCUUAGUUAUGGUUGAGAAAAUAAUGCUCUACCUACCUACCACUUUGUUUUAAUUGAUUAAAGAUUUUUUUAUUAGAGCUAAACCCUAAGACCCCUCAGGAGUAAGGAGAGCUCCUCUUAGGAAACUUGAGCAGAAAUUGGAGCUGAGAGCCCGAGACUUGUCUCUCUCUCACGUGUCUCCCUUCAAAAAGUUCGAGACUUUUUUUGCAAACUCACCCCUCUCUCUUCAUUUCAAAAGAAAGAAGGGGAAAAUAAAAACAGGGGCAGUGAAGAAAGACGAUAAUGGCGGCGAUGGUGAUUUUUCGGGCUCUUGUUAAAUUUCGUCUUCAACAGCAAAUAGGUAUCAUGGGCUUCUUUUUCUCUUCUUUGAGCAGCGGCAGCGGGCAUAACAAGGUAUGGUUCAAAGAUAAGGAUGGUGCUUUAGCAUCCUUCAGGCUCAUGCUUCUUAGGAAACCUCUGCCUUGUAUAGUCGAAUUUAGUAAAUUGUUUUCAUCGAUUGUUAGAAUGGGACAUUAUGAGACCGUGGUUUAUUUGUCCAAAGAAAUAGAAUUUCUAGGAAUCGAACAGGAUAUACAUAGUUUAAGUAUAUUGAUUAAUUGCUUCUGCCAUUUACAUCGCGUUGAUUUUGGGUUGUCUGUUUUGAGCAAAAUCCUUAAGCUUGGGUUGGAACCUAGUGUUGUAACCUUUACUACCUUAUUGAAUGGGCUUUGCAUGGAGGGAAAAAUGGAUCAAGUUAUGAUGUUGUAUGACGAUAUGCUGGUGAGAGGUCUUGAACCCAAUGUAUAUACUUAUAAUGUGAUAAUCAACAGUCUUUCUAAAAGCGGGAAAGCCAAUGAGGCGCUUGGGUUUCUGAAGCAAAUGGAAAAGGUAGGUUGUGUGCCAAAUGUUGUUAAUUACAGUACACUGAUUGAUGGGUAUUGCUUGCGAGGGCAAAUGGAUGAAGCUAGAAGCGUAUUUGAUUUAAUGAUGAGUAAGGGCUGCACGCCUAAUGUUUAUACUUACACUAGUUUGAUGAAUGGAUACUGUAAGAUCGAAAGGAUUGAGGAGGCAGUGCAACUUCUUGAUGAAACGUUGAGAAAAGGUUUAGUUCCUGACAUAGUUACUUUUACUACUAUCAUAAGUGGCUUGUGUCGAGCAGGGAGACCUUUGGCUGCGCAACAGCUUUUCAGGUACAUCUGUGCUCAUGGCCACAUGCCAAAUAUAAUGACUUAUGGAGUGUUGCUUGAUGGCCUGUGCAAACAUGGGAAUCUUGAAGAGGCAUUUGCUCUAUUUCAAGAGAUGCAAAGGAGCAAUGUGAAACCUAACUUGGUAAUCUACACCAUACUCAUUGAUAGUUUGUGCAAGUGUGGGAAGCUUAAGGAUGGAAAGGAAUUGUUUUCUAGAUUAAUUGAGGAAGGAUUGAAGCCUAAUGUUUAUACAUACACUGCAUUAGUUGGUGCACUUUGCAAAGAAGGACUAAUAAUUGAAGCUUAUAAGCUUUUUAGAAAAAUGGAAGAGGAUGGAUGUACACCUGACAAAUGCGCCUAUAAUGUCAUUAUCCAAGGAUUUCUCCAACACAAGGAUCCAUCAAUGGCAAGGCAACUUGUGGAAGAAAUGGUCAAUCGGGGAUUCUCUGCAGAUGCUGCCACCACAGCCUUGCUGAAUGAUUUGCCCACUAACAACAUUCCUGCUCUAAAAACUUUAAUAGGGUUUUGUGAGGAUCAUUGAGGUGUUAAAUAUGAAGUUGUUUCAAUUCUAGUUCCUGUUGCGGAAGAAAUUCCGACCAUCUCUAAGCAGACUUGUUGGCAGGAGUUAUCAUUGAUCUCAACCAGCGUGAUAAACUGAUCAGAAAUGGUGUGUAAACAAAGUAGCAAGUGGUUGUCCAAGUGACUAAACCCUGCAUAAAAUGAAUAUGGCGUUUAAUUUCUUGAUCAAUCAUAGGUUUAGCUAUUUAUUGUGUUGAUUUGUAUCAUAUUGAAUUACCUGACCAAGGAUCUCAAUGUU